CAAAUCGACAUCCAUUUCGACAACGAUACUUGAAUUUCCGCCAAAAAAAUUAAAACAAAAACUCGUAAAAAAUAGCUAAAUAACACAAUUAACAAUGCCGGAUAAUGAAAUGGAUACAACCCCUAACGUUGGGACAUCUGCGGAAAGAAAAAGUAAUCUUCCAUGGGUUGAGAAAUAUCGACCAACAACAUUUGAUGAAAUUGUCGGCAAUGUCGAAACAGUUCAACGCCUUUCAGUAUUCGCAAAACAGGGAAAUGCUCCAAAUAUUAUAAUUGCUGGUCCUCCGGGUGUUGGAAAAACAACAACAAUCCUUUGUCUCGCACGUAUCUUGCUUGGCGAUUGUUUCGAUGAAGCUGUUUUGGAAAUGAAUGCCUCAAAUGAGCGCGGAAUAGAUGUCGUUCGUAACAAGAUCAAGAGUUUUGCCCAACAGAAGAUUACCCUUCCUAAAGGUCGACACAAGAUUAUCAUUCUCGAUGAAGCUGAUUCGAUGACAGAACAAGCCCAACAAGCACUUCGUCGAACAAUGGAAAUUUACAGCAACACGACUCGUUUUGCUCUUGCCUGUAAUUCAUCCGAGAAAAUUAUCGAGCCAAUUCAAUCGCGUUGUGCGAUGUUACGUUACACAAAACUAUCAGAUGCACAAUUGCUCGCGAAAUGUAUCGAAGUUUGUCAAAAAGAAAAUGUCAAGUACGAUGAAAGCGGAUUGGAAGCCAUUGUAUUUACAGCUCAAGGCGAUAUGAGACAAGCAUUGAACAAUCUUCAAUCCACACACAAUGGCUUUGGAUUUGUCAACAGCGAAAAUGUUUUCAAAGUUUGUGAUGAGCCUCAUCCAUUAAUUGUACAAGAAAUGUUGGAACAUUGCGUAAAAGGAGACAUUCAUAAGGCGUACAAGAUCAUGGCGAAAUUAUUUCAACUUGGAUAUGCAGCGGAAGAUAUCAUCGGAAACGUUCUUCGUGUUUGCAAACGCAUGAAAAUGCCUGAAAAAUUGAAACUCAUUUACAUUCGGGAUAUUGGAGAAGCGCACAUGAAAAUCAUCGACGGAUUGAAUUCACUCCUGCAAAUGACAGGACUUCUUGCAAAGCUGUGCGAAGCUUCUUACGAAUAUUCAUAAGUUGUUUUAAAAUAAAAUUUCUGUUCAUUCUUUUCAAUUUAUUCAAAGAACGUUAAAAGUUGUUUAUUUGCCAAACCCCCAAACACGUAAGAGCUAUUAAAUUUUAUG